AGCUGGCAGCCAGGAGGGGGCAGCUGCCACACUCUUCACAUAUCUCUCUAUUUAAAGUUCAAAGAGACGCUGGAGAACAAUAAGGAAGAGGUGAGUGUGGCCCUGACCAAGCCACUCAACAGCAGGAAUAAUGGCUGAGAAAGAGGCUAGCUUGUCCCGCUUUGUAGUGCCUGUCCUUCUCCUGAUUGGCUGGAUUGUGGGCUGCAUCAUAAUGGUUUACGUUGUCUUCUCUUAGAAAGGCAUGAAGACAGCAGACCGAUGUGAUUUAGAAGAAUUAAGAGACAUGCAAACACAACUAGUUGUUGUCUUACAUUAAAUAAGAACAGUAUUUGACACUAACCUACAAGCUUGGAUUAUGAAUUUCUUCAGCAUCCUGUUUAAAAUUCUGAGUACAAAUAAGAACUGUAAGAAAAUGUGAGUGGAUUCCUGUACUGAUUGAGCAUGGGAAAAUGUAUUAACUAUGAUUAAAAAUAAAUAAGCAAUCCAACAAAAUUCUGACAAGCCUAAUUAUUUUAGAA